ACAAACAACUAGGUGUUAGUCUUAUCUUUUCUACCUCCAUUGUCUUAUCCAAUAUAAAUACCUGAAUCGUACGAUGAUGAAGGCGAUACAGCAAUCUCUCUGUCGACGCUUAAACUGCAAUUGUUUCUAUCUUAGUAAUAUUGAUAAUGUUAUAUACUGGUGUUGGUUACAUCAUGGCAAUGUAUCCAAUGUUGCAAGUCUGUAGAGUUUGUGUCGUUGAAAACAUAGAGUCUGAAUAUGAAGACUAUCCCAGAAGGCUGAGGCAUUGAGUGAACCUUUCCACGUAAACAGGGAUUAUUUCAUCAGCCCUCAGGAACAAGCCAGCCAAUCACAUCACUCUACUUGUACAAAAGGAAUAGCUUUGCCCUUAUUAGGACGUGGACACUCCAUAUAUGCAUGAACAGCUCACAUGAUGUGUGUAUACAUUAGGGGCUUUCGUCAUUGCAUACAAUGCAUGUAAGCAGCGUACGUGUCUUGUUGUGACAUGGCUGGGUAGGGUAUAUAUAGCACAAUGAAAUCAAUAGAUUCUUCUAUUCCAACGCUACUUCGUCCUGCAAUAUCAACUUGAGAUUCUCACCGUUUUCAAACUUCACUAUGCAAAUGCCCAUUGCUAAAAAGCUUAUUCUAUCUUCUACUUUGUGUGCUACUCUAAGUCAAGGUAAUGCGUUCCUUUGUGUUCCCAACUGUCGACAACUCUCAGGAUUCUGCCCAGAGCCAGGAAACGAUACAGGUAACCAAGAUGCCAACAGGUGAUCAAAUGAGUGUCUCUCAGCGCCCGCCUGCUACUGCAGCCGUCCAGAUGCCAGACUGUAAGGCCACCGCUGAGAAUUACGCUAACAACAAUAUAGCCAGUGAAACAUGCUUACUAUCAGAGCAAAUGGAUUUGAUGAUGAGUAUAUCAUCGGUGGAAGACUUCCAUCAUGGUCUCGAAGACUCAAGGAGAAAACGCAAGAAGAAGAAAAAGAGGACUUCAGGAAUUGUGCCAAAUAGAUUUGAAGAUGUGUAUGAGUUGACUGAUGAGCUGCUGGGUUCUGGGUCAUAUGCUUCAGUGAAAACCUGUCGACAGAUAUCUACAGGGAAGGAGUACGCAGUCAAGGUGAUGGAGAAGAGACCAGGAAACAGCCGUACCAAGAUCUUCAGGGAGGUAGAAACACUCUACCACUGUCAGGGACAUAAUAACAUUCUGCAGCUUAUUGAAUACUUCGAAGACAAUGACAGGUUCUACCUUAUCUUUGAGAAGAUGUUUGGCGGUGCCUUACUGCAGCACAUCGAGCAGCGUAAGACGUUCACUGAACUGGAAGCUAGUCUUGUCAUCAAAGACAUCGCCAGCGCUCUCUCGUUCUUGCACAAUAAAGGUAUCGCCCACCGUGACCUGAAACCCGAAAACAUUCUCUGCGAGAGCCAGCUAAGCAUCUCGCCGAUCAAGAUAUGCGACUUUGGACUCGGUAGCGGGAUCCACCUGAGUAGCCAGUACAACACCCCCGUCACGACGCCGGAGCUCCUCACCCCCGUCGGCUCGGCGGAGUUCAUGGCUCCGGAGAUCGUGGAGGCGUUUAUCUAUGACCUUCAGGCGACGGUGUACGACAAGAGGUGUGACCUCUGGAGUCUUGGGGUGAUCCUGUACAUCCUGUUGUGCGGUCAUCCGCCGUUUGUGGGUUCUUGUGGAGAGGACUGUGGCUGGGACAGGGGAGAGGCUUGUCCAGACUGUGAGGAAUUGCUGUUGCACUGCAUCCAGUCCGGCGAGUAUGACUUCCAUGGCGUUGAGUGGGAACACAUCUCUUGUGGAGCCAAGGAUCUCAUCUCACACCUACUGGUCCGGGACGCCAAACAGAGGUACACUGCAGACAUGGUCCUCAAUCACCCGUGGGUCAAACAGCCUCCGAGCACACCUCUACUGACGCCAGCAAUCAUCAAACGUAAUAACAGUGCCAAAGAUCUUAGUCAGUUUGCAGCAGAAGCCGUGGCUUGCAACCGCCUUGUUGCACAGAAAGAAGAAGAUGAAAUCCAAGAAGAGGACGAUGUCACCAAAGAAGAAGACGACGAUGAUGGAAUCUGCAUCAUCAGACCCUCGGGUCAGCUCAACAACGGUGGCAUCAACUUUGGCCUUUCACCUCCGGGCCAAUCGGCGCUGGCGAAGCGACGAGCAGCGAUGCAUAGUCAGGGGAGAGAACAGUGUAUUACUAUUCAGGCCUAAGUAGAGAAGAACAGUCAAGAGAUAGGCCAGACCUAAAGAGAUGUGCACAGGAAAGGGAUAGACCAGGUCUAAAGAGAGAUGCAAAGUCAAUGGAUAGACCAGGCCUAAACAGAGAUACACGGUAAAGGAAUAGACCAGUGUAUUACUAGUUAGGCCUAAAGACUAAAAGAGAGAAGCAGAGCCAAGGGAUAGACCAGGCCUAAAGAGAGGUGCACAGUCAAGGGAUAAACCAGUGUAUUACUAUUUAGGUUUAAAGAGUGAAGCACAGUUAAUGGAUAGACCAGGCCUACAGAGAGAUGCUCAGUAAAGAGAUAGACCAGUGUUUUACUUUUCAGGUCUAAAGAGAAAUGCAGAGUAAAGGGAUAGACCAGGCCUAAAGAGAGAUGCAGAUUAAAGGGAUAGACCAGUGUAUUACUAUUUAGGCAGAGAGAGAGAGAGAGAGAGAGAAGCACAGUUAAUGGAUAGACCAGGUCUAAAGAGAGAUGCAUAGUAAUGGGAUAGACCAGUGUUUUACUAUUCGGGUCUAAAGAGAGAAACACAUUUAUUGGAUAGGCCAGGCCUAAAGAGAGAUGCUCAGUAAAGGGAUAGACCAGUGUAUUCAGGCCGAAAGACAGAUUACAGUAAAGGGAGAGAUUUAUUUGGCUAUUGAAUUUAUUUCUUGAGAUAUGUAUAUGAUAUUCAUAUACAUGUUUUAUAUUUCCAUGCAUUGAUAAUGUGAGAAAUAACAUAUCAACAUUAUUAGGCAACUGAACCAUGAAAAGAGGUCUGUAAUGUUGUUGUUGUUUUUUAACAGCAUUUUGGUAUUCGUAGACAAGUAAAAUAAAAGAUCAAAUAUUUUUUUUAACAUCGGUGUAUUUUUUUAUUUUUUGAGUUAUUGUCGGUGAUUUGAUAGUCUUCCUGUCAGAAGGCAGUAACAUUAGAUUUGGGGUAACGAUGUGCUGUUAUCUCCUGAAGAAAUGUGAAACAUUUAUUCUAUGACUUGGUGAAUUUCUUAUUUAUUUCUUCAUUUGUUGGUGCACUGGUCUGGACAAAAUCACACCGGUGUCCGCCAGUCUUGGUCAGGUACUGGUGGACCGACUGCACCAACUCAGCCCUAGAUAAAACCAUUCCAUUUGUUUGAAAAAUCAGUUUCAAUAGGUGUUAAAUUUUGUAAUUUGUAUUUUACAUUGGUAUGACAUUGCCUGAAAUAAAUAAAAGAGAUAUCUCA